UGUGUUUUUCGUCCUCAGAUCAGAGACGAUGGGAGACUGGGGUUUUCUGUCUAAGCUGCUGGAUAAGGUCCAGUCCCACUCCACCGUGGUGGGGAAGGUCUGGCUCAGCGUGCUCUUCAUCUUCAGGAUCAUGAUCCUCGGAGCCGGAGCUGAAAAGGUUUGGGGUGACGAACAGUCCAACAUGAUCUGCAACACCAAGCAGCCCGGCUGUAAGAACGUCUGCUACGACCACGCCUUCCCAAUCUCACACAUCCGAUUCUGGGUUCUCCAGAUCAUCUUCGUCUCCACGCCGACGCUCAUCUACUUCGGUCACGUCGCCCACGUCGUCCACAAAGAAAAUAAACUGAGAGAACGAAACUCCAGGAGCGAAGUCGUCAAAGCCCCCAAAUACUCUGACGAAAAAGGCCACGUGCAGAUUAAAGGCAGCCUGCUGGGGAACUACAUGACCUCCAUAUUUUUCAGAAUCAUCAUCGAGGUGGGGUUCAUCGUGGGGCAGUAUUAUCUGUACGGGUUCAUCAUGGAUCCCAGAAUCGUCUGCUCCCAAGCUCCCUGCCCCUUCACCGUCGAGUGCUACAUGUCUCGACCCACCGAGAAGACCAUCUUCAUCAUCUUCAUGCUCGUAGUCGGGUGCGUCUCUGUUCUGCUCAACGUGGUGGAGAUCUUCUACCUGCUGUGCAAACGCUCAUCCAGAAGAAAGUCUAAAGCGGUGCCAGAGGCGGCGAUCACUCUUCAUCCUCGCCUCAACGGUGACAGUCUGAAGAAAAAUGGCCUCCAUGACAGCAGUCACAGUCACGCCUGAGGAGCUAAAGCCUGAGAGCAGCCUCUUACUAUUCUGCUAAACCACGGCCCACAUGUGUAAAACCUAAGUUAUUUAUUUAUUUGACACUUAAAACUUUUAAAAUUACACAAAAUUGACAGACACACACACAGA